CACAGUUCCUCCCAGCGUGGAGGGUGGCUCUGCCUCUCGAAGAAAAGAGGCGGGAAGGGACGGAGAGCGGAGCUGCUGGGGUCUGUCCUGCCCUCCCUUUUCCUACCCUCCCAUUCCCACAUGAAACCAGAUUUAAUGCAAACAAGCUGGCCUGGCUCAGAGCUGCCAGGGAGGCUGCCGAGAGGAGACGAGAGCAGAGCAGAGCCCCGCUGAGGAGGCACCGAGUGCUCCCCGCCAGGAGAAACUUCCCGAGACCAACCGGCGCAUCCUCCCUCCUCCCUUUCCCUGGAAACGAGUGUGGUCCUUUGAGCACCGCCAUGGCAGUCAGGCAAGACCUCUGCUUGCUUGUUCUCUUGAUGACUCCCUUCUGCACCUCAAGAUCCAUUGAGAAGCUGGUCCUGGAAGACAGUGAGGGGAGUGGAGACACUGAGGCGGCUUCCUCUGUCCCCCCUUCUGCCAGGGUGACAUUGAGUGCAAGCCCCACCUCGGGGGGCCUUGUUGCCAGUUCGGUCAAUGGAACGUUGCACUCGUUCAACAUCCUGGACGGCAUUGUGGACUUCUUCCAAACAUACAUGCUCUUGAUCAUUGUGGUGGGCUCCCUAAUCCUCAUCUUCCUUUCCAUUGUGUGUGCGGCUGUCAUUGUUCGGCAGAAACACAAGGCCUCAGCCUAUUACCCUUCAUCUUUUCCAAAAAGGAAGUAUGUGGAUCAGAAUGACAAGUCAGGGGGGGCCAAGGCCUUCAGCGAAGUUCCUGAAAAGCCAGCCGAUGUUAACCAAGAGGAGCCUGUUGAUUCCAUCAAGCAGCUGCAGGCUGACAUCUUAGCUGCUGCCCAAAACCUCAGGUCUCCAACCAAGGCUAUUGUGGCUAAUGGAAAAAGUGCCCCCAUAGAAGACCCACCAGCUGAAGGAAAAGAGGAAGAGGCCCAAAGAGCAGAAGAUGUGGAGGAUGGCAGUUCCAAAGAAGAAGAAGAAGAAGAAGAAGAAAAAUCACCAGAUGAGGCUGAGCUGCCUCCAGAGACAUCAGCUCCAAACAAUUUGGUAGAUGCUAAGGCCAAAGAAGAAGAUGUCCCAUCUGUGGUGGGGACUGAUCCAUCUCCUCCUGAAGAGUCCAAGGAAUCCCCAGCCACUGAGAAUCUUGCCAUGCACGUCUCCGAAAGCGAGAAGGAAAUGCUAGGCGUCCCACUGACUCUUGACACUUGCCCCACAGAAGACUCAGAAAAUUGAAUGGGCUCAGUUCCCGUCAGUGGGGAGACAGCUUACAAUGGUAAAUCUACAGGGAUCUAUUUUUCAGACGGAAGGGAGAGCAGCAGAUCUUUACAUUACAUGUAAAGGGGACAAGUUAGCCGCCUCCCACACUAAGAAACCCCUUAGAGAGGUACUGUCCUGUGGUUUUGCUUUAAUGGACUUUCUUCAGUUACGCAGACUUGCCCAACCUGGUGCCUUCCAGAUGUGGCGAACCAUGACUCCCAUCAUCCCCUGCCAACAUGCCCAGGGAGGUGAUGAGAGUUGCUUAACACAUCUCGGGGGUGGGGGGAAACUGAGUGACUGCAAUGUCAUAAUGUAGCCACUCAACCUGAUUCUACUGAAUAGGUAAAGCGGAACUUAUUGUGAGGACCUUUUGAAGACACAUGGUGUUCAGUGUGGUUCCAGGAUUGUUCUGGAGGAACCAUCCCUAGCACAGACCUGCAGGACUUUCCCACUUUCAGGGAAAACAUAUGACUCUCUACAGACAUACAUAAUUUUUGAGGUGGGCCCUUUGUGGAAGCAUUUACUCUUUUCAUGUCAGUCUUCAAUUUUGGAGCAAGGUUAUGUGCAGAGCUGAUUGGUCAACCUUUCUAUCAAUCAUGAAGUCAUCCAAAUCUUUCUUUCUUCACUGCUGAUCAGACAGUCUUUGGGCCAAACCUGAAGUCAUUUCACACAUAUAUUCUUUUUUAAGCAAGUCUAGGCUCAAUUCUGUUUAAUUGUCUUUUAUAUCAAUCAUUAACUCAUUUACUUUUCCCUGCAGCUCAUUUUCAAUGAUAUAUUUUUUAAGGUACCAGUUUUGGGGGAUGAGAGAGCCAGGCAAGAUGGUUCACUUUUGGGUAACAAGAGCUUAUGAGUUCCAUCAGUGGUUUAUGCUACGUGCUUGGAUUAGCUUCUCCUCUUCUCACUGGCUAAGAGACCAUGGUAUACAUACUUUUCAAAAUCUCUUCCUUUGAUUCAGAACAAGUGCCAGCUUUGAAAUUUGAACUAAUGGCCAUAUAAUUGCAGAAUGGCCAACCUGACGUCAGAUUUUAAGUACAAUUUCCAGCCGUGCAAUGGCAACAAUAUGCAAUGGAUCCCACCACUCAAUCCAAAUUUUUUUCGGUCUGGUUUCUGAGAACCAUUAACUUCUAAGUCCUCCAGAUGCUCUAGGAGAUCUGAUUGCUCAAGAAAGCCAGGACCUGUUUUAGUCACACAUAUUGAGAACCCACCAUGGGAAGGAUCUGAUGACGUCUCUGAUCAUUAUUCCUCUUAAAGGUCCACGAACAUCCAGACUCUUGUUAGUGAAGGGGAAGAUACUGAGGACUUUCACGGGUGAAUGAAGCCCAACAAAGGUGGAUUUUUAUGCAUGUUGAAUCCUGAAGUUCUCCACCUGCUAAGGUAGUUGUUGAUCUUUGAAGGACGGAAGCCUCAUAUUUUUGAGGCAUUUAAACGUAUUGAAAAUGUUUUCUGGGCUUUUUUUUAAAACUCAGUUAUGGGGAUGGGGGACUUUAGGUUGCUUUUAAAAAUUCAUUUUGAUACUUUGAAGUGGGACUUUGGAUUUCAGAUUUCCAGGUGCUGAUCUUCCUGGGCCAACUAGAAACCCAUUUGAGUAAGCCUUACAGCUGGAGCAAGAAAGAUUUACCUGACUUGUGACAAGCCUUGAAGAAGCUGGAUGGCAGGAGAACAUACCUAAACAAAAAUUCCUUCUUGGUUUUUCCCAGCCUCUUCGCAAAGGUUCUGCUGAUAUUUAUGACUGUUCCUCCCACCUUGGUUCUCCCAGGGUGAUCCUUGUACCCAGGAGGAAACGUGAUCUGUAAUUUUAGCUGACCAAGACAUUUAUUGUAGCUUUGAGGACUUAUCUGGGAUGGGUUGGGUUGACCCUCUCUGGCAGAUUCUCUGCAGUCGCUUCACCUCAAGACCACUUUUGAACGAGAUAAACUGAAGGGGGCUACAAAGGAAACCCAGAGGGUUUUGUGAACCCUCUCAGCAUCUUCUUCUAGGACUCUGUAAACAUUAAAAUGUGAGGGAGGGCACAAUGUUGAUAAAAACCCAAAGUAGGUAACCUUACAGCUCUUCUUUUCUACCCCAGCCUGUGUGGCCAAGAUCAGGCGUGUUGGAAGCCAGAUGCCCAAAUUCCUAGAGGGCCCAUUUUGGCCACUUACUCUAAUGCAGCGUUUCUCAACCUUGCCAAGUUUAAGAUGGGUGGACUUCAACACCCAGAAUUCCCCAGCCAGCAAUGUGCCUAAGGCAGGAUUAGAACUCCACAAAACUUAUACCGUGAAAUAUUGCCAAUUAUUUUUUAAAAAUGCCCAAAUAAAAUACCAUUGCAAACUGGAAUGUUCAUUUCCCUUGUCUGAACUCCCUUAAGCCUACCAUAACUAAAAAUGUAUUUUUCUCCAUAUAGGUAUAUGUUCCAUUAAAAAGAAAUGAUACAGCA